GUUUCUCUGUGGAGGGGAAAUCCGUCGGGCGCAGGGAUCCCACGGCAUCCCCUUGUGUGGGAAAGUGUACAGUGGACGAGUUGGUUGUGAGCAGCUGGAUUCUGGAACGGGGUGAACGAGAAAGGGGAACAAAAAAAGAAGUGGUGCAUUGAGGCGCAAGAUUGGUUGGGGACCUGGUAUCUGCAGAGUUGGCUGGGAUCUGGAAUACCCUUCCCCAAGAUGUUGGAACUCUGCACAGUGGCGUUGCAACGCUGCCGGGGAAUCUGAGACCUUCAUGCGGGAAGAAAGUUUUUUCUCUCUCUCUCGACUUGUUUCUUCUCGCUUUGCAGCGCACCUCCAGAAGUAGUUGCAACGUGCAGGAUGCCAGGAGCCAAGGGGUGGCUGUUGCCUGCCGUGCUGGGAUGGUCAGUUUCCUGGUUAAUUUCACUGCCCUCCCCCGGGGUCCGAGCCCAGGGCAGGGAAGAUGGGCCGAACGAGCGCUGGAGGCAGAUGAUUCAGUGGGAGAACAACGGGAGGGUCUACAGCCUCCUCAACACCGGCUCCGAGUACGUGCCGGCCGGGCAGCUGGCACCCCAGAGCCCCCCUCGGGUAUGGCUGGGAGGUUCCCCGAGGAGCCCCGGCCGGCAGCUCCGACCUGGGGGGACGGGACGACGCCAGGCUCCCUCCCAGUCUGUCAGACCCGGCUCGGAGACGGUGAGGGGGCAAACCAGGCACCCGUUUGGCUUCGGGCAGGUCCCUGAUAACUGGAGGCAGGGGGCCUUCGGCGACCCCACCAACACCCACAGGUACGUGCAGCACUCCCCGAGGCAAGCCGGCAGGCACAGGCAACGCCAGCCGCCCUACUCCGAGUCCACCUUCGCCCAGGCGCCUUACCCACGCUUCCCAGUGGCGCAGCCCUCCUACCCCAACUCUUACGACCCCAGCUAUGAGUAUGGUUCGCCAAGGGGGUUUGACACCCUGGAUGAAAGCCCUCCCUAUCGCAGAGUGCCUUUGGAUGGAGGCGGAGGUUAUCCCUACCAGCCCAGGACCAGAUAUGAAGAGUAUGGACAAAAUAUUUACCCCUACAGACCUCAGGGACGGAACCCAGUGCAGGAGAGAUACAGCGUGCCCCAGCAACCUUUUGCCCUUGAUGGACUUGACAGGCGGUACAUGCACAGCUUGUACGAUGAGAGCAGGGGGCAGGAGGUCCCAGGAGGAGAAGACCCUUCAUCCCUCUUGCCCUCCAGUGCAUCCAGGAGUUCCACGUUCCAACCGGCCUCGUCCCCUGACACUGGCUACUCGGGGGCAAGGGUGGCCCCUGACGGUCCACGCUCUGGUUUCUACCCACAGGUCAACCGUAACGUCCCGGUAGAUCAGUAUCCCUCCUCCCGCACCGUCGAUCCAAACUUGGAGCAGUAUCCGUUUCCGAGAGGGCUUCCCAGUGGCGGGAUGGAACAGGGUCGCCAGGUCCCUGGGCCCCGGAUGGCCUUGGGAAGUGUCUACAGACCGGAUCUCGCUGGCAGAGGUUUGCCUGACUUAGUACCGGAUCCACACUAUGUCCAAGCUGCCACUUACGUGCAGAGGUCCCACCUGUAUUCCCUGCGAUGCGCGGCGGAGGAGAAGUGUUUGGCAAGCUCUGCCUACACGGCUGACACCACAGACUAUGACAUCAGGGUCCUGCUGAGGUUUCCCCAGAGAGUAAAGAACCAAGGGACCGCUGAUUUCCUUCCGAAUAGACCACGGCACAGUUGGGAAUGGCACAGCUGUCACCAGCAUUAUCACAGUAUGGAUGAGUUCAGCCAUUAUGACCUACUGGAUGCUGCUACUGGCAGAAAGGUUGCCGAGGGCCACAAGGCCAGUUUUUGCCUGGAGGACACCACAUGUGACUUUGGUCACUUGAAGCGCUAUGCCUGUACAGCGCACACUCAGGGACUGAGUCCAGGCUGCUAUGACACCUACAAUGCAGAUAUUGACUGUCAGUGGAUUGACAUCACAGAUGUCCAACCUGGGAAAUAUAUUCUAAAGCUUCAAGUAAAUCCCAACUAUCUUAUACAAGAAUCAGAUUUCACUAACAAUGUUAUCAGAUGCAACAUUCACUACACAGGACAAUAUGUUGCCACUACAAAUUGUAAAAUAACACAGUCUUGAUCUGCGAGUUUUGAAUUUCAAAACACGGCGUAUACUGAGCAAACAUCUGGUGCGGGCGGAACUUUAUCGUACAGCAGCUGUGGUUUGGUAGUUGUCACUGGGAGCUCAGUCACAACCAAAGAAUCUAGCAGCGACACAAAGAGAGCUGUGGACCUCGAGCCAACCCCACCAAGUACAAAUCUCUGCAUGGACUAGUCAGCAAGGGUGUGUGGGCAUCUGGAAAAGGCGCUGUUAAUUAGCAUCUCUGUUGCAAUCUAAGCGUGCCUAUUAGAAAAAUUAUUCAACCUUGUUGCACUUUUAAAUAUAUAAGAAACAGGUGCAAGCGUUUGCCAUAAGUCCAACCGAGCCUUCUCCACCAUUCAAUGAUCAUGGCUGAAGUUCAACACUAGUACUUUCCUGCACAAUCCCCCAGUAAUCUCCAUCUAAAAAUCUUUCCAUUUCGGUCUUGACUGUGCUGUAGAGGCCCCUUGGGUUGAGAACUUCAAACAUUCAUAACCCUACAAGUCUCGCUUAAGAUUGUCCAGGUUUCCAGCAUUUUACUCAGACAAGCCUUUUUAGAAUAUCAUACCUGUAUCCAGAGAAUAUUGGCCAAUCCAACUCAAAAUGGGUCUACAGAAUAACUGGCAUACCUCAGGGUCCAGUUCAUCAUGGGAUCACUCAUUUAGUCAUGGGCCCUUUGGCCCACAGAAUCUGUGCCAACUGUCAAGCACCCAUUUACACUCAUCCCAUUUUAUUCUCCCCACAUUCUUAUCAACACCCCCCAAAUUCUGCCACUCACCCAGACACUAGGGACAAUUUGCAAUGGCCAAUGAAUCUAAUAACCUGCAGGAGGAAACUGGAGCAUCAGGAAGAGGGUCUCAUGGUCACAGGGAGAACAUGUAAACUCCACACAUAACACCAGAGUUCAGUAUUGAACCCAGGUCUCUGGUGCUGUGAGACAGCAAUUCUACAGCUGCACUACCAUGUCACCCUAAUAAUCCUUGAUGCUUUGUUAUGAUUGAAUAAUUCAGUUAAUUAAUGCGAUUUGUUUCUCACUCCUCACCAUCUUGUCAAUGCUAGAACAGGUUCAAGGGGCUGAAUGGCCUGUUUCUAUGCCAAAUGUUUUUCUGCCCAGAUGGGAUUUCACACUCAGAGAACAUUAACCUGCCUUUUUUCUUCACUGAUGAUUACUGAUCCCUUCUCUAUUUGCCCCACAUUCUGUUCAAAUUUCAAACCUCAUUCUUAUUUUUUUGUCCCUUUUUUUGUAAAAUAACAUUGAUGGAAAAAAAUCCCUGCUGACAAUCCAACAUUAAGGUGCCCAAAUUUGCUGGUAAAAUGCAGGAAAGUCAGUGAGCACCGGCAGAGAUAGAAUAAGUGUGGUUUCUUUACCGAAACCAACGUUCUACAAGAUUGGAUAAAACUCAAAAGAAAUGGUGUGUGGGAGAGCAGAGUGGGAGACAUUUAAGUGAUGUACCAAUACAAUUCUUUCCGUUGAUGCUUAACGUGUUACUGUCUUCCAAACCUCCUUUGAAAUUGUUUGUGCGCUGUUUUAUAUGUUCUGUCUCCUCCCGCCCCCUGGCUGCUGGUGAACUUAAGGGUCUUCUCAUUAUUCCCCUACCACAACUCAUUUGUGCAAUGAUCCUGAAAUUCAGGAACUCAUCUUUACUGGUUCUUGAGUGUCCUUCUUAAGCAUAAGCAUUUGCCGUGACCUUAACUUUCCUUCCUGUACGACUUCACCCCACACUCAUAUCACACUGUGGAAAUGAGAAGUUCCAAGCUGCUUCCCUGGAUAUUAUCGGACAGAAUUACACCCUGAGACAUCUAAAAGGGAUGUUAGGAAAGAUGGCUGAAAGUUUGGUCAAAGAUGUGGUUUCUAAGGGACCCUAAAAAUUCUUUGCAGGGGUAUAGGAAGGAACUCCAGAGCUCAGAGUGGUUCAUAGAAUGUCCCAUGUGGGGGUUGAAUACAAGACUAAAUUGAAAUUCAGCAAACAAUCUGUUGGAGGAACUCAGCGGGUUGAGAAGUGUCUUAGAGGGGGAAAUGAAUCAUCGAUGUUUAGGAAUGAAACCCUGCAUCCGAAACACUGACAAUUCCUUUCCCCCACGGACGCUGCUCGACCCACUGAGUUCCUCAACAGAUUGUUUGUUACUCCGCAUUCCAGCAUCUGCUGUCUCUUGUGUCCCCAAAAUGAAACUGGCAAGAACAGUCCCGAACAGCGCUAUUUUGUUAUGUUUGAUAAACUCCAUAACAGGUGCACCACAUGCAACAAAUUUAUACUCACAAUCGAUCAGAUCAUCUGCAUUCCCUUACAAAAGCUCAAAGUCGGCUGAUUCUAAUUUCUCAAGGCUCAUAGACCCUAUUUGGCUGCACAAAGUGUCUCAGGUAUGGUUUUCAAUCCAUUUGAUGAUUGUUAAUCUGAUCAUCUCAGCCUGGCAGCUGUGGUUUACUAGUGUCUGGUCUUGUCUCUUGUGGUUUCGUGCUGCCUUCUAUCCCAAUUUGAUCUUGUCUCUUAUAGCCAUGUUUAUGAAAUACCAAAAAUCACCACAGUCAUGCCAUGUCAUAGAACCAUAGAAAAUCGAUAACACUGAGGAGGACAUUAAACCCAUCUCAUCCGUGCCAGUAAAAGACUCACCCAACUUAAUCUCAUGUCCAUUACUGAGCCCUUAACACUGCAGCUCACAGCUCUUCAUGUAGACGUCCAAACAUCUACAUGAAGAGCUGUGAACAGCAGUGUUAAGUGCUCAGUAAUGUGAUGAGGGUUUCAGCCUUCACCACAUUUUUGGGCAGUUAGUUCCACAUCCCACCAGCCGUGGGUGAAAAACCAUUUCUUCACCUCCCUCUAAUCCUUUCCCUCUAUGGCCGCUGGUUUUUGAUUCCUAUGCGAAGGGAAAUAAUGCCAAUGUCAGUGGCUCCUGAGUCACCAUUAUGGGUGAAGCUCUCCUUCAUCUCGCAGGGAAAUUUAGCAUAAAGUGAUCUUCGCAGAUCUUGCGAGUAGGAAUUGAUGUUUGCUCAGUAUUGCAGUGCUUAUGAGCUGUGUUGGGUUGCAUUGAAGUCAACCAAACCACAUUUUGGAAGCGGAGUUCGAAGCCCAACCACACAUACGUCAUGUUUAAUGCUUGUGAGAAAGGAUGUAUUUCUUCUCCUGGUUGCUAGCUAUUUUAAUUCCCUUCAUAUUGCCACACUGACCUGUCUGUCCUCGGCCUCCUCCGCUGCCAGGGUGAGGCUAAACGCAAACUACAAGAACAGCAUCUCAUAUUCCGCCUGGGUGGUCUACAACCUAAUGGCGUGAACAUUGAAUUCUCCAAAUUCAGGUAACUUGCUCCCCCGUUGUCCCUUCCUCUCCUCCGCUGACCUACCCGGGUCUUCUCCAUGCCCCCUUCUUUCCAACCCCCUCUCCCAGCUCCCUGUCGCCCUGUUUCUUUCCCCUACACCACCUAUUCAAUAUUCCCAACACCCACACGCUCCUCCCAUUGGGUCCCCAUCCUCUCCUCCCACCAUCCCUCUCUUGUUUAAUUCUGCUCUUCGUCUUCCUUUCUUCUCAGAUUCCAUAAUCUGCAGCCCUUUGUUGUCUCAUCACCUCUCAGCCUCCUGUCACCAUCUCCACCCCUCCCUCCCCCGCCUGAUUCCAUCUGCCAAUCAAACCCUCCUCACCUGGAUCCACCAAUCGCUUCCCAGAUCUUGCCCAACUCUUCCCCCUCACCUCUUGUGAUUGGCUAUCACCCCUCUUUCAGUCCAGAUGAAAUGUCGACUGUCCAUUUCCCUCCACAGAAGCUGCCCGACCCACUGAGCUCCUCCAGCAGCUCAUUCUUUGCGCCGGAUUCCAGCAUCUGCAGUCUCUUGUGUCUCAGUCUCACAUUUCUUCUCUGUUUUAAAGACUAAUUGUAUUCCUGAUGACAUAUGUCUGUUUAACUCAAAUUACUCAUUAUGUGGAAAUGCUUAGAAAUACAAGUCCAUGAACAGUUUGGAUGUUGUGAGCAGGAGAAUGGGAUCGGUGGGACGGCUCUAGUAGGGGCUAGCAUAGACUCAAUGAACCAAAUAGCCUCCUUCUGAGCCAUAACAAUUCUAUAAUUUGAAAAAAUGUUAUGCAUCAAUGGAACUGUAUUCUCUAAUAUUUCAACAAUGUUGGAUUACCUUUCAAUUCAUUAGAAUUAUGGAUCUUUGCUUUGGUAGGGGUACGUAAAACUAGGGGGCAUAGGAUUAAGGUGAGAGGAAGGAGGCUUGUGGGAGGUAUGGGGGGUAAAUUCUUCACACACAAGAGUGGUUGGCAUUUGGAGUGAGCUGCUAGGGGAGGUGGUGGAGGCAGGAACAGUAGCAAUAUUUAAGAGGCAAGACAGGAGACUGCAGAUGUCGGAAUCUGGAGCAAAAAACAAGAGGAACUAAGCAGGUGGAGUAGCAGCUGUGAAGGCAAAGGGAUAGUCAACAUUUCGGAUUGAGACCCUGCAUCAGGACCUCAACAGAUACCGCUCAACAUUUAAGAGGCACCUGGACAGGUACUUGAAUGAGCAGGGCAUAGAGGGAUAUGGAAUUAAUGCAGGCUGGUGGGAUUAGUAUAGACAAGCAUAAUGGUCGGCAUAGACACGGUGGGCUGAAGGGCCUGUUUCUAUGCUGUAUAACUCUAUCACUCGAAAUCAUGAAGUUAACAAUAAGCUUACUCAUUCUAAGAGCAUAAAAAUGAAACACUUACCAAAUGAAUUUGUUCAGGUUCACCAGUGACCCAACAAGUUAUCAGGGCUGUUUCCCAUUGUUGUCUUGUGCAGUUGAAUUAAUAAUGAAACAUAUUUUGUGCAGGUCACCAUAGAGAGCAUUCUCAAUAUCUCCACGGUGUCCAAUCCUGCAAGACAGUUGACCUGAUCUUUUUAAAGUUAAGCUGAUUUUAUAGUGACCUGCUCAGUCACGUGUUGCAAGGUCACAGAGGUAAAUGAAGUUGACCUGGAACUGACUGGCCAUUAUGGGAAAGUUAAUGACUUUAUAUUUGCCCAGUGACAAAUCCAACCUUUAGAUUAAAAUCUGCAUUACCUGUCAAGGACAAUUAUGUUUUCUACUAAUUUUAUAUGAAGAAAAUGUUGUUCUAACUGGGACCAUUUCAAAACUUUGAGUAUGUUCUGUUGACUUUAGAUAUCUUUCUAGCUUGUUCUUGAAGACUGACUUCCAAGGAUUUAAAGAUGCUUUUGCGACCAAGUAAAUUAAAUCCUCUAAUAUAUUAAGCACCUUUGAAUUAAGAAUAUAAAGGACACCUCGCUAAACAUUCACUCUCUCCAUCGACAAGGCACAGUAGCCGCAGUGUGUAUUAUAUGCAGAAUGCACUGCAGUUACUUGCUCAGACUAGUCCGACAGCAACCCCCAAACCCGGGACCUCCACCAGUAAGAGGGAUGGGGGCCAUACCACCACCUUGCAGGUUCCCCUCCAAGUCACACACAUGGAAGUAUAUCACUGUUGCUUCAUUGCUGCUGGGUCUCGUUCCUGAAACUCCUUGUAGGAUCUUCAUCAGAAGGACUGCAACACUUCAAGAAGAUGGCUCACCACCACUUUCUCAAGGGCAAUUUUGUGGCGGGCAAUAAACUUAAUUAUCAAUGAGCCCACACCUCAAUAAAUAAAUAAGCAAGUUUGCAUUUAUUUGAUGCAUAGAAAGGAAAAUUUACAAUACCGAAAGAGGCCAUUCAGCCCAUUAUGCUGUGUUAUCUGAAAAGAGCUACCCAUCCUAAUCACACCCUCCAUUAAUGGGUCUGUAGCCCUACAGGCUACAACUCUUCAGGGACACAUCUAAAUCCUUUCUGAAUGUGGUAAGUGUUUCCCCGCUAACCUUUCUAGACCCCCAUAGCAUGGGUGAAAAGAAUUUCCCUCAUCUCCCCUCUCAUCUUUCUUGCAUUUACGUUAAAUCCUAUGACCUCCUGCAACCUACAGACAAUCAAUUUUUGAAGGGUCGGCAUUUAGAAAAAGUGGCAGUGAAUUUGUGCAUAGCAAGCUCCCACAGGGCAACCACCAGAUGAUUUGCUUUAAAUACUGGCUGGGAAAAGCUAACUCUUUCUCCAGUGGUGCUGUGUGAUCUUUACUGUCCAGUUGAGAGGACAGAUAUUUUAACCCCAUCUCCAAGAGAUGAUAAAGGUCUGAGAACGAGUUUCUUCAUGAUGCAUUUAGCAGAAGGGAAGAAGCAGUUGCCUGUUGUUCCCAAGUCUUGUAAUAAUGCGGGGUCUCGACCUGAAACGUCGAUAAUUCCUUUCCUCCCGCAGAUGCUGCUCAACCUGCUGAGUUCCUCCAGAAGACUGUUUCUUCUGGACGGCACGGUAGUGUAGCGGUUAGUGUAACGCUUUACAGCGCCAGCGACCUGGGUUCAAAUCCAGCCUCUGUCUGUAAGGAGUUUGUACGUUCUCCCCAUGUCUGCGUGGGUUUCCUCCGGGUGCUCCGGUUUCCUCCCACAUUCCAAAGAUGUACAGGUUAGGAAGUUGUGGGCAUGCUAUGUUGGCGCCAGAAGUGUGGCGACACUUGCAGGCUGCCCCCAGAACACAAUGCAAAGAGAUGUAUUUCACUGUGUGUUUCGAUGUAUAUGUGACGAAUAAAGAUAUCUUAUUGCUAUGGACUUAUAAGCAAUGGUAUUGGUAGCAUGAUAAGCCUAUUGCAUGCAUCAGAUUAACUAUGCAAUGGAAAAUAUCAAAUGAACAUUUGAACAAAUGAACGGAAAUGUCAAACGAAUAUUAUGUCAGUUCUAAGCCCCUCUAUGAAAGCCCAAGGGUUUACAGCAUUUUUCAAAGAGCUGAGGUGACAAGCAAAUGGUGGGUUUAGGCUUUGAACAGCUGUGUUGUGACUGCAUUUUAACCACACAGAGUGGGCAAAGGAGGAACCACUUUUGCAAAGUUCUCUGCCUGCUCUGAUUGGUCUGCACAAUGAAUUCUUCGCCUUUCAACGUGUGUAUCUCUGUAAAUAUCACAUCUGUAGUAAACAAACUAUCUUUACUACUGACAAAGGAAAAUAAUGAUUCACUGUCUACCAAAGGUAGCUGAAUGAAAUAAUGCUUGUGGGGAACAGUUGAAGAACUUUUAUUCCCAGAAUAAUUGCAUACAACAGUCAGCUGGACACAUUGUGCACAGAACUGAUUUGUGCUUUUAUUCCAAGUACUCAGGACCCGUAAACUGGAAGACCUGAUAACAAACUUAACCCUACUGUAUCGUUUGUCUUUAACUCAACCCAUGUGAUCACAUGAGAUUAUAUAACUUUGCACUCAAAGAUUCUGCCUUGGUAACCGUGUGUAUGCAUUACUUAAAAUAGCAGAAAUAUUUCACAAGAAAUUGUUAAUUUUACUGAACUUUUGUA